AUGAACUUCGCGUACCGUCCCAUCACAACGGUCACAUUCCCCUGUCUCCCACUAAACCCUAAUUCCAAAACCCAAAUUGCCCCAAAAUUCACUCACCUGCGUUCACUGAACAAAACCCAUAUACAAGUAAAGCCAAGAUUAAGCCACCAAAUUAGAGCCUCAGCAAGCGAUAGUAGUCAAACCCCGUGGUGGGUGAACGUGUUGCCAAGCAAAGCUUUCGGAGCCGAGAAAUUUCUUCGGCUGAUUUCAGGUGCCACCGCAAGCCCCAUUUGCCAGUACGUGUCGGAACCCAGCACGUUUCUUCAUUCUGUGGACCCCAGAAUCAAAUUGGUUUGGCUUUUGGCUCUAGUUGUUUUACCAGCAAGGUCACAUAUAAUACUGCGUUUUGGAUUAGUAGUAUACUUGGCCGUUUUGUCAAUAUGGAUUCUUCCAAGACAUACAUGGAUGGACCAACUGGGAAGAGUGUCUUUGAUCUCUGGAAUUUUAUUCAUUACGUUGGGGCUGGGUUCAGAUGGUGUGCCACCCCUUGUUCAGUUAAGAACCCCACCUCCUGCAAUGAUUGGAUUAUCAAAUCUUCCUACAUCUCUGGCAGGUUACUCAUAUUUAAUUAUGAAGCUAGGGCCAUUACAUUUUACAAGGAAGGGGUUGUCUGUAGCAAGCACAGCUGCUUGCUUAACCUUUACUGUUUUUCAAAGUGCAAGCCUUUGCUUGACAACCACAACCCCAGAAGAACUUGCAUUUGCCUUGCGGUGGUUUAUGCUCCCUUUGACACGUCUUGGUGUGCCAGUGGCUGAAAUAAUUCUGACCCUCAUGCUUUCAUUGAGGUUCAUCAAUCUCGUGUUUGAUGAGGUACGUAAUGUUGCAUUGGGGAUUGUAUCUCGUAGGAUAAACUGGGAACAGUUGACAAUGAUGGAAACGCUGGAUGUUUUCUUUGCCUACUUUCGUCGGAUCUUCACAAAUAUCUUUAGCCAUGCAGAGCAGAUCUCGCAGGCAAUGAUUGUCAGAGGUUUUAGAGGGGACAGCAACGCUCAUAAGAUUUACUUGUUGUCAGAUCCAUCCAUUGGAACAUCAGAUAUCGUUUCCUUUUUAAGCCUGGGGAAAAAGAUUGUUGAUUGA